AUGGGCAAGAAGAAGCGCGGACACCCCGACGUCGAGGACGUCCUCUCCCGGCCGUGGUGCUACUACUGCGAGCGUGAUUUUGAGGAUCUCAAGCUUCUCAUCUCCCAUCAGAAAGCCAAGCAUUUCAAGUGCGACAGAUGCGGUCGUCGACUCAAUACCGCUGGAGGUCUCUCCGUGCACUUGAACCAAGUCCACAAGGAAACGCUCACCCAAGUCGAGAAUGCGCUACCGAACCGACAAGGCCUCGAUGUCGAGAUCUUUGGCAUGGAGGGUAUUCCCCAGGACAUCCUCGACCAACACAGGAACCGUAUUAUCCAGAACUUCUACCAAGCCCAGGAAGAUCGCAGGAUUGCCACCGGAAACCCCUUGCCUGGCCAGUCAAAGCAGCCAAGAAAGAAGCUCAAGGUCGAGACUCCCGAAGAGCUGAAGGUCCGCCUUGCUGAGCACCGUGCAAGACUGGCCGCAGGGCAUCCUCCGACUACCAGUGCCAGCCCUGCCAAUGGCGCUCCUGCAAGCGUGAGCCCGGGUACAUUUAACAACUCUCCUUACCCCCCGCCUCAAGCUCCUUACGGUGCUGCCGCCGAUCAGAACUACCCGCCUGGUGCUGCUCCCGGCGCUCCGGCUUACCCUCAACAAGGCUACCCGCAAGGUAACUUCGGCGGUUUCUCUGCAUCAUCUCUUCCCGCGAGACCGACGAGUGGCAUUCAAGCGAUGCCUGGCCUUCCCCAACGGCCGCCUCAACAUGGCGGCCAGUUCUGGAAUGGUCCUGGCGCACCGCCGGCUGGCUUCCCUGGAGCAUCGACCGUUGAUGAGCUGGUUUCUGGUGCGGCGCAACACGGAGAUGAAAUCGAUGAGCUUAUCCGCAGAGCUGAAUCUGGGAUCAAACCGGCCAAGAAACCCGAGGAUGAGGUAGGUGAGGAAGCCGUAGGCGACAAGAAGGCGAAGAAGGAUAAGAACGGCAGGAUGUUCUAUGCGGACACGGAGAUCAGUCCUGAGGAGCGCAUGGCGCAAAUACCGAGAUAUGCCUACGUGCCGCCAGCAUCGUAG